AUGAAUUCACGGCAACGUUUCAGACUAAAGCUAGGUACAAUUGCUUCUCAAAUAGAAAGUCACCGUUUAGAGCACUUUAAGUUCCUUUGCAAGGACUCGAUUCCUGAAGGUGACAUGGAACGAAUUUCAUCGCCAGAGGCACUGUUUAUUGAGCUCGAACAUAGAAUGUUACUAGGUCCGAACCAAGUCGAAUUCGUACGCCAAUGUCUUAUACAAGUUGGAAGAAAGGAUCUUGCGUUCGAGUUGAGAGGUAAGAAGAUAAAGUAAAUUAAACACGUAUAAAGUACGAGCUAUUUAUAGCUUCCUUUUGCGUAAAAAGGAAGAGUAGUGUUUAGAUUUGAAGCUUCACUGGAUGACGAACCAAGCGAGUGGGUCAAGACAAGCCAAGACAAGAUGAUUUAUUAAACUCAGCUCAGUUUUACAUGACAUGAAGGUUGAAUUUACAUAGGAAACUAAACACAGAACAGCGAAAGAAUAAAAGAAAAAUUGUAACAACAAAAUAGAGAGUGGGAUCAUCCAAAUAGCAAAGGCGAAGGGACGGGCCAUUAGAAAACUUAUCGGGGGGGGGGGGGGCAAAACCCAAAAAAAAAAUUCCCCAAGGGGAAAAUAAAACAAAAAAAAAAAAAGCCACCCCAAUAAACUAAAAAAAAUUUCAUCAAAGGGCCAAAAAAAAUACAAAAAAGAAAUUUGAAAAAAAAAAAAAAUCCCUCCGGUUCAAAAAUCCCCCCCCCCCCCAAAACAGAAGGGGGGGGGGGGGGGGCGAAGCCCAAAAAAAAUAUUCGCGCAAGGGAAAAUUAAACGAAAAAAAAUUCAUGCACGCCAAUUAAUCUAAGAAAUAUUCAUGCUAUGGCCUAAAAAAAUUCAUACAAGGAAUUUGAUAACGAAAAAAAAUUCCUGCGGUUCGAAAAUUCCCCUCCCCCCCAAUAACUCUUCUAAUGGUCCGUCCCUAAUCUAGUGGAUGACCCCUGCAUUAUAAUACAAUUACAGACAGAAUUAAGAAUAUAUAUUUUUUAUAAAAAGUAUUUCUUCAUUCGCUAAAGGCGAUAAUUAAUUAGAAUAGCAAUUGAGGGUAGAGUUUUUGAGAGCGACUGUCUGUAAAUAUCGACCAAAAUCGACUUUUUGUGGCACAAGUUCAAAAUUCGAAUUUCGCUCAUUUUUGGCUCAUCGAUAAUCCUUAAUGAGUAAUGAAACAUGCUGUAGUUACUUUUCCCAAAUAAAGUGUUCUUCUUCCUGUUCAUGGCCCUACUGACAAUUUCUACCGUUCUAAAUUAUAGGGAUAAAAUAAUGCAAAUUUUUACAAUGUGCUAUAACUUAGAAUUUUGUACAUUGACUUUUUACGGCUUAACUAGGCCCCAAUCUAUCAGAAAAUCGAAACAAAUCUCUGGGCAAACGAUUUUAAGUAGCCCGCAAGACCUCGAGUUCGACCCCAAUUUUGCGAAGAAUCGCGACAUUCCAGUGGUUAAAAUUAGCGUUACUCGGCCCGUCACGCCAGGGGUGUUAACUACGUACAGAUACCCUGAGAUACGCUUUCAUUCGUAUUAACGAUAUGUAGUGUCAAGUGUACAAGAUCAACAGUAGUUGAACUAGGUCAUCUUUGCUCGGUGUGAUGAAAUCAAUUUAA